AUGGCCAACGUUACGGCCCAGGUGGUCGAGCAGCUCGCGUACCUUGAGCAGCGGUCCUGGCCCUCAGCUAAUCUAGAUGCGGCAGAAGCGGCGCGCGCGAUUGCUGAGGUAAAGUUGGUACAGAAUCUCGUCCGACAACUUGAGAAGAGCGAGCAAACAAGGUCUGUGCGACAGGACUUUGGGGGCAGCUGCAAACGCCGCUCGUCAGCUCACAGGUGUUUGCAUAGGCAUGCCCCCCGAAUUGCAGCCUUGGAGCAGCGUGCCCAAGCCCUGCGCACCGCCAUGGAGCGUCUUGAAUGGGACCAGGCAGAGCAGGCACAACUGCGCAAGCGCCGUGGCGACCGCAUCGUGCUACCCGAUCAGAGUCCGGCCGUCAAGCCUGAAUCUUUCGAGCAGUUUCAGGAUCGAGUGACUAGCAACAUGCUUGAAAUGGCGCGGGCCAUGAAACUCAAUGCAGCCUCAACGCAUGAGCUUCUGAGCGCAGGAAAUACGCAUGCGAAUGUCAAAAUUGGUUCAAUUCGCAAUGUUGUGGUUGGUGGCACAGCCGAGCCCGACCAGGAAAAAGAUGGCUACCAGGUUUGGACAACCAUCGAAAGCAGAGUCAAGAAACAGAUGAACACAACACCCUAA